ACCUGAUCGACCGGAUCUAAGUUCCCCAAAACACCAAACGAUCAAAAUUACAAUGGAGAACCAAACGACGGCGGCGGCGGAGGAGGACCAUAUCAGCAAGCUGCCGGACGACGUUCUCGUCCACAUCCUCUCCCUGUGCCCUUACCCGACUCUCAUGAGAACGGUUUCGGUUUCAACAUCGUGGCAGCGCCUCCUCUCCCAACAACUCCCAAACCUGACCUUCUGCUUGUCGUUGCCUGUGCACAAGGAGCCGUCCAUGGAAACGCCGAGCGAGGAGCGCGUCCAGAGCAUGGCGCGGACGCUCCGCCGCCGGUGCCACGGCACAGCAGCAGACUACACUAUCAAGAAUCUUCGUCUGGUCUACAGAAAGGACGUGGCCAUGGAAUGCCGGUACGUAGACGAGUUCAUCGCGCUCGCCAACGCCACGAAGCUGGAGCUCGUCCCCCACAUUGGCGCCGAGUCCUUCUCCUUCUCCUCCGCGGACGAAGCCGGCGACUGGUCCGUCGAGCUGCCGCCGGCUACGGUCGAGUUGGAGGUGCAGCCGUUCUGCAUUGCCGUGAGGCCGCCGCGCAUCCACGGCCCCGGCGUCAACGCCCUUCGGUCCCUUACGCUGUUUGGGCUGGUGGUUCGCGAGGACUUCCCGCUCGCCGUCACCCUGUUCCCGUCGCUGGAGGACCUGCACAUCGGCAACUGCACCCUUGCUGCCAGUAUGACCAUCUCGUCGGACACCAUGCCUCGCCUCAAACACCUCCGCUUCACUGAGGUCAGCGUGAGCACGGAUGACACCAAAGCCGCCAUCACCGUGCUCGCCGAUGACCUGAGGACUCUCCGCAUGUCAUGCCGGGGGUGUAGCUAUACUGAAUCGCCAUCGGAGCGGCUCAUAUUCAUGUGCGUCGGGCACGACACUGCCUUGUUCACCAAAUACUCUUUGUUCCGCUUACGCGCACCCAAGCUGGUGGUGUUCGAGUGGCGAUGCUGCUAUGCUGAUGAGGUGCGUGUUGACGCCGUGGGCCGCCUCUCCGAUGUCGCGAUCGAGAUCGCCGCCGGUAGGACACGGACGAAGGUUCCCGUAGGCACGGAACCUAAGUUUGUGACAGUACAACAACGUGACAAACUUAUGACCGACAUCCUUCAAGGGCUUAUGCCAGGGCUACAGCCGCGCACCUGGAAAGAUGUCACGAGACAGUGCAUACAACGUGAUGACAGGUGGUUGUGCUUUGAAGUCACAGAUGGGUUCCCUGCUACCGAAUGAAGCAGCUCUCUGCUUAGCAGGCUGGACAUACGCGUGUGGCAUCCAACAUCAAGUUUGUGGAGUGCUAGAAAUAGAUGCUAUACAGUUCUUUAUUUCUGUUGGAUGGCCAAAUAAUAUUAAAAGUGAGUAUCGAGUUAGAUAAAGUUAAUUUUGGUCUAAAUUUUUUAAUCGAGUUACUCAUUCAUGUGGACGGAAAUGUCCAAGUCACUUUUUUUCUUUUAAUUUCACGAUGACAACAAUUCCCUUUUUUCUAAUUCAUUAAAAACACGUUUUGUUCA